AUGUUUUGGGAUCCAUGCGAUCAAAAUUUCCCUGGUGCUCCAACAUUUUUUCCAGUUGUACAAUUUGCGGGGCAGCAUCUUGGUGGGCUUGGAGUUCCUGCUGUUGGCAUGGCGUUCCCUGGCUACGUUACUCAGCCCAAUGGAAUGGGGAAUUCAGAAAUGACAUGGUUACCUAUUUUGGCUGGUGCUGCUGGGGCUUUUGGCUGCUUCACCUUAUAUCACAAUGGAUGGUGCUUAUCAUGCUAUGCCAUCUGGCCAGACCUCUGCAUUGCCUCCUACAAGCUAUCAUGGCAACCUUCAACAGUAGGUUUGGACAGGCACCUUCUUGCAAAAGAUAUCACGUAA